AUGUUCACUGCCCUUUCCGCCGCGGCUGGCGCCUUCCUGCCAGAGGUGGGCCGCGGGCUGAGCACGGGGCUGGCGGUGUGCGCGGCCAACCAGGGGCAGGCCCAGUGCCGGGCGUGCUCCCGCUCCCCGCAGCUCUUCUGCCUGGAGCUGCGGUGCGAUUGCUCGGGCCUCCAGGGCACGAGCAGCCAGGGGCCGCGCCUCUGGUCGGCGGCGCUGGCCUGCGCCGCCACCGGGCUCGCUGGAGCGGGCGCCGCCGCGGUGGCUUCCUGGCGCCUGGCGGGCUGGCGGAUCGCGGUCGCGCGCGGCGCGGCGUCGCGGCCUGCGGCUGAGCCAGACUUCGAGGGAGAGGCUCGGUGCCACGUCAAGGGGGCGGUGUUGAUCCACGAGAGGCUGGUCGUGAUGGCGCCGCCUGAUCAGCCAGGCGCCGCUAGCAUCGUCAUUCCCGGUCGCGACGCGUACAAGGAGGUGUGCGUGGGUUCGCCCGACGUCGUGAGGUGGGACAUUCUCCCAGGCGGCGCGGCAGGUGGCACCAUGCCGUGGGCGCUGGGAGCGCGGUACUACAGGUUCCGCAACGUGCCGACGGCCGCUGCGGAUGCGGCUGGCCGAUUCGGCCUCCCUGCCCCCGCUGGUCCCAUCGUGCCGAACACGGCUGGCAGGGCGCUGGCGGCUGCACCAGGGGCGGUUCAGGGCGGGUUUGCGCCUCUCGCGGCAGGCCCCCGCACCGCGAUGUGGGUCUGCACCAUCAUCAAGGACAACAGCCUCUCCCCCCUCGGACGCCACAGCAAGUGGGGCGCGGAGGGCCGCCUCACUCAGACCGACGCGGGCGUCGCGGAGCACGAACGCUGCUGCUUCUACCUGGAGCAGAUGGUACAGGAGGAGAGGUGGCGGGAGAGGUUCAUCACGAACGCCGACGAGUCGCUGGACUCCCACCUCUUCUACGGCACCUCGGCCAACCAAGGCGACGUGCACGUGCAUCCCCAGUUCCUGGCCUACAUCAGCGGCGAGCUUGCCAUAGAGUGCGCGGUGGCACAGGAGAGGCGCCUGUCGCGCGAAGAGCGCCAGAACGCCAGGGCCCCUAAGAACGCGGGGCCGCAGUGGGACGCGGGGGCCGCCCGCUGCGGCGAAGCUCGAGCACCGGGCCCUUUUUUCGCGGCGAUCCUGACGCGCUGCUCGGAGCCCGACAUUCACGCCCUCGCGAACCCUUCGUUUACCCUCGGUACGGCCGCGGCCUCGGCCAUGGGGUCGGGCGAUGCGCCGCUGUGCGUGUCGGGCGGGGACCUGGAUAAUGUGUUCUACCGUCGGCCCAUCCCCGCCUUGUCCGCCGUGCUGCGGGGCUGGGCGCUCACGGUCCACGAGGAGUUAGACUCCUCCACCGAUGCCGUUUUGGUGGGGCUCGAGGUCAGGCAGGGCCACUGGCUGUCGAUCAAGCGACGCAACCUGGAGCCGCUGAAGGCGCCGCCGGAUACGGUGCCGCGCCGCGGCCGCUGUUCGAGAAAGAUGCCGGAGGUCCUGAUGGGCCGCGCGACUUGGGCCUGCCUGAUGUGGCGCGAGCUGUUGUGCGCGUUGAACGCCGUGUGCCACCGCGCGCAUCUGGCCUUCGGUGCGCCAGGGCUCGGCGCUGCCGGCGGCGCUGGCGCACUACGCGCCGGUCAUGUGCAUGGGGGCGGCUCAGGCGCUGCCGCGGGCCACGCGGUGCGUGGCGGGCCGGCGCCGGCGGGUGCCCGCGCGGAUGCGGCUGCCACUUCCGCGCCGCUUCCGCGCCGCCCCUCGUUGGCCACUGCGGGGGCGCUGGCGGCCCGGGGGCGGCCGCGCAUGGGCCUGUUCGCGAUGGCGUCGUUCGCGGUCUACUUCCGAUCGCAGGAGGCCUUCCGGCUCGCAGGCCGCCACCUGGUGCCGCGCGUGGCCCACCUCUGCCUGGCGCCGGCACUCCGGGGGCUGCCGCUGCACGACCCCGACCUCCAGCCGCCUGGGGAAACCAAGCUCUGGGACCUGCUGUCGGGCGCCAGGGCCCCGGAGCAGGUGAUGCGGCGGGGCCGUUGGGCCACGCUGGCCCCCCCGCGCCGGCGCGGCAAGGAGACGCGCCUCCCGCGGGGGGCAGCAAAGGUGGAGCCUGACGUGCUGCUGUUCGGGGAGGUCGUGGAGCGCUACUUCCUAGACGUCUUGCGGGGCGACCAGGGGCUGCCGCUGGCGAGCCCGCCGGCGCUGGCCGCGCCGCUGGCGGGCGCGAGGCUGCGCAUGCGGCGGCGGCGUCGCCGAUGCCGCGCGGGCGCUGACAAGCGGCGGAGCUGCAUGUUCCUGGAGCUAUUCGCUGGGCGGGGCCGCAUCUCGCAGCGCAUCCGCGACCUGGGCAACGGUUCCCUGGAUCUGGGUAUCGCGCGUGGGGCUGCCGAGGACCACGUCGGUUCCACCUUCGAGUCUGCGGUCCGAGGCUCGCGGCGUUGCGCGCUCGUCGCCCUCGGCCUCCUCGCCACGGCGUUGGGCGCGCUGGCGCUGACGCUGGGGGCGGCCAGGCGGCGCGGCCAGCUGCGCGGGCUGCCGCGAGGCCCCGCCGCAUUCGAGCUGGGCGCGGGCGGCCCGUCGCAGCUGAACGCAGUGGAGCUGGCGCAGGAUAGAGACCUGAUGGUCGUAAUGAAGUCCGACCCCUACGACUGCGUUGCCGGCUUCAACAACUGGGAGGCCGGCUGGUCGACUUCAAAAAAGGAGUGGUGCUGCAUCAACAAGGGCUUGGGGUGCCAGGGGGACGCCAAGGAGUCUUGGACGGUGUGCGACGGCGACGACAACUGCGGCAGCAAUUCCUUCCUGCAGAAGUGGGACAGGAGCCCCAGGGAGCUGGCGUCGGAGGUGGACGGCGGCCUCGCGAGCGUGCCGGGCAUCCCGCAGCAGGUCUGGGGCCCGGUGGUGGAGCGCUGGCAGCAGAACGCUCCGCACUUCGGCGGCCGCGCCGUGUGGCUGGAGGACAUCGCCGCCUUCGUGAAGCAGCUGCUGGCCGACGACCCCUUCGGCACCGGCGACAGCGUGCCCUACGUCGACUUCUGGGCGCCCGGCGACGGCAAGGUGGUCGCGGUGACCCAAAGGCAGCUGGCGUUCGUGGUGGCGAACGUCAUCAUGGGCAACACGAUCCCGGCCGGCGACGGCCUCUCGGCCGCGGUGCAGCGGUGCGCCGAGGGGCCAGAGCCCCCCGACAUGGUGCUCUCUCUGCUUUCGAUGCUGGCGGUGCUCUCCCAGGAGCUGCGGCCCGGGCAGGCCGGCACGACGCUGGUCGGCACCGCGCCCGCAGUCGGCGACCUGAGCUGGAAGGAUCGGCUCGGCAACCAGACCCUCAAAGAGCCCAGGCUCCAGCUGCAGAUCGGCGACAAGAAGACGGGCGGCCUCGGCGACUUCAUGUCUGGGGGAGUGCCCUUCCAGGCGCUGACCGACAUCGCGGGGAACGUCGUGGGCGGGGGCGCGCAGCUCUGCGCCACCGCCAACAGCCAGGACGAGUCGCUGGUGCAGUUCUACAGCGAGGUGCUGGCGUUUGCCUUCUGGACCAGCGAGGGGCGCAUGCUUCCCGUUCCCUGGACGCUGAUGGGCGCGCGCAGGUAUCUCUCCGAGAUCGGCGGAGAGUCCAGCGCCAGGGAGCCGUUCUUCAACACCUGCGGCAAGAUCCACGAGGAGGACUGGCUCAACCAGGACAUCCCCUCGACUGCCACGUCGGUUAAGCUGGGAGGCAAGAGCGUGCGCGUGAUGGCCAGCACGUUCGUGGCCCUGAAGUCCGUGGCCACGCCCGGUCUCGGCGGGGACUGCAGCGUGGGCGAGGCCAUGAACCACAAUUGCGAGGCGCAGAGGAACCACCUGGACGAGGACGUGUCCAUGUGGUACCAGGCGUACGAGGCCACCAUGUACCCCGCGCCCGUGCGCGACGCCUUCCGCACGCUGGUGCAGCACGUGGGCACGGGACCGUGGGGCGCCGGCGUGUGGUUCGGCGACAGCCAGGUGUACUUCCUCACCGUCUGGCUCGCCACGAGCCUCCUGGGGGGAGCGUCGCUGGACUACUACCUGUACGACCACUUCUGCGAGAAUCCCGCGAACCAGUGCUUCCUGCUUGGAGAGGCGGGGUGCGGGGACUGCAUAUCGACGAGCGCGGUGGACGGCGCACCCAUCGACGCCGGGCGCUGCGGCUCGCAGAGCCUCUGGGGCGUCAUCGACCACUUCAAGGGCAUGCCGGUGCAGGACCUCUACCAGGCCCUGAAAGACGUGGGCGGGCCGCCGACCCAGGUCUUCGACCUGCUGGCCCCCGCCAUGGCCGCCCCUGCCGACGUCCCCAACGACGACGACCUCGCCGCCUCGCGGGGCGCCGCGCCGCCCGCCUGGGGCAGCAGCGCUGGCGCCGCCGCAGCGGAGAGCCCGCGGGAGCUCAUCGUGCACCUGAGCGACUCGGCGGAGCCGAUCGUCGCCACGACUACGGAGCCGGCCGCCGACAAGCCGGCCGCCGACAAGCCGGCCAGCGCCAAGAGGUAUUCCUUCGCGGGCUAUUACGCCGCCGGCGACGUCCGGGGCGCCUGCGCGGAGUCCGCGGUGGCCAUGCCCAAGACCGCGGAGGAGCAGACGGCCCUCGAGGACGCCGUGAGGCGCGCGAUCGAGGCGGGCGACAUGGCGGGCGCGUGGCCGCGGAACACCAUAUGGCUCGGCGGGCGAUGGUCUGGCGACCGCUGGGAGUGGGACGACGGCGAGGAGGCCAGCCGCCUGGACUGGGCGGAGAGCCAGCCCAGCGGCACGGCGGACCAGCAGGAGGAGCCUUACCUCUGCCUCGUGGCGGACGGCAGGGUGCACGACUCCAGCGCUGGCAGCCCCCUGUAUAAGUUCGGCGUGAUGUGCCAGGAGUCGGCCGGCGAGGAGGCCUCGGAGGGGCCGGGACCGCUUCUGAAGGUGGACUUCUUCCCCGUCCCCCCCGUCGACGACGGCUUCGAGGCCGCCUGCCUGGGCGGCAACGGCCUCGACGACGGGUGGGAGUACGUCUUCAACGCGGGCCGCGGCACGCGCGGGGCGGCCUGCGGCGAGGCGGCAGACUACUGGUGCUGCAAGCGACGGGCUCCCGCGGGUCGUACCAGCUCGACGUCGGCUGCCGCGGACUUCUGGCAGCAGAUUCUCACGAGGUGA